CUGCCAACUGGGUAAACGUUCUCUGAUUUUAGAAGCCAGCAGCCCAACUGAAUAAAUAACAGCAAACUGCAAAACAGACACUUUAACACAGCGCACCCGUAUCUAUUAUUUUGGUUGCCAGCCCAACAAUAUUUCUAUUUCUAUGUGGCUGUGGUUGGUCGCCUUAAACAUUGCGGUUUUGCAAAAUUCGAGAGAGAACAAAAAAAAAUUGAGCAAAAGGCUGAAGUCAAACACACCAAAAGUGGGGAGCAAAAGCUUAAAUUGUUAACCUUUCGGGAAUAUCAAGCAUUUAAGAUUCACAGCCAGCCAGCCAGGCAGGCAGCCAGCCAGGCAGCAGCAACAUUUAAGUUUUUUUUGUCAGGACGAAAUAAAGUUUUGCAAUACGGAUUUCGCCGCCCACAAAACCAACAGCCGGAGCAAAGCAGAAGGCGUCUGUCAGCCGUGCAAGUGCGCGUUGUGGCCCCAAAAGACGCCUAAGGACUUAAAGCAAUUUUUUUUUGGUUUUAUUUUUUUUUAUAUAUGUUUUCUUCUUUUUUUUUGGCUGGUAAGCUUGUGUAUCCUUUUCAAUUUGAUUUCAGGCUAAGUACUUUUGAAGGAUAUAAGCUUAGGUAAAGCAACAGCAGGAGCAACUAUUGAAUCAUUCUGGCUCAGGCACAAUGAGCAAAAAAAAUAGCCAAAUUGGGAAAACGGCGAAUGCAUCGCCGCAUGAUGGCCACCCUCCUUCGAUUGUCAGACCUAAUCAUGUCAGUGAAGCUGCCCAAACUAAUAAACCGAACGCAUUUAAUGACAUUGCAGGCGUGCCGUUCUUGCUGGUCGAUGGAAUAUGUGCGACUACGCGUCACCAGCUGCAUGUGGCACUCUUCAAGCGGGAGGAGAAGCGCAUGAAUUGGGUGCAAAAACAAUGCGCAGUGCUUCCUUGGUUGGAGUACGAAAGGUCCGCAACAAGUGUUGAGCCCACAACCGAUUCGGGGAAAGCUGAUACUGAUGAACUGAAUUUCCAGGAUGAUCUCAAACUGUUAACAUUAGCUGUGCUGACAGUAGAUGAAGAAGAGACUAAAUCGAUAAUGCCUAUUGCGAAUUUCGCUCGUACCGCAAAAUUGGUGCCAAAUGUUUCAAGAAUCGAGGAAAUUCGUGUUCAGUUGGAACAGCUACGUGAGCAGCAGCAGAAUGGAAUAGUGUCUUCCGUAUCACGGGCAAAGCAAAUUAACCUCAGCCGCCAAGACACGUUUGACAUUAAUCGAAAUGAGCCGAUUCAGGCGACCUCAUCAUGUAUCUGCCUAAGGUCCCAUCCGACUUCACAGCGUCUGAUGCGUGCCGCCACCAUAAGCCAACUGCCUAUAGCCAAAUCACAAAAUAUCUGCUCGUACAAGGGUAGCACUUCAACCUUAUUACUAACUGAGAACAAGCCCAGCAGUUUACGUCUGUCCAAAAAUUUGAGAUCACCCCAAUUGCCGAUUAUCAAUCAGAUUCGUAAUCUGCUGAAGAACUUGCAGUUCCCGCAUCCAGCGCAGGAGAAACGCCGGCGAAGUGAAGGUUCUUUCUCCUACCUUGUUACCGUUUCACCGUCGGCGGACUGUACCAGCUGCAAAGUACAACCACUUCCAGAGAAGAGCAAAAAUCCAAUGGCAUUACCAAAAGGCACACGUUGAAAAUUCCACCACAUUUCAUUAUAUUGCAUUCUUCCACAUUUCACAAGAUUCCCAGAUUAAUAAUGUAAUUAACACUGCGAGUUCAACAACACGCAAGCAAUUUAUAUCCAUGAUUUCCAAGUCGUUUAUUCAUAAUUCAUGAAACAUAAAUUGUAAAUAGUUAUUUGAUUGAUUUAUUUAUAAUU